GCUUUGAAAAAUGAAGAUGCAGCACAAAGCAGAUAGAUCCCAACUGUGCACAGGGGUCCUGUAGAAGAAAGUCUCACAUGAUAAAGGGCCGUUUCCUAAUGUAUAAAGAGGUUGAAUGAAUCAGUUUUGAAUGCCUGAAAGUGGCACUUGAGGCUGCUAUUAGAAAGAAAAUUGAAUUUGAGAAAAAAGCUUUGCAUAUUGUUGAACAACUCCUGGAAGAAGAUAUUACAGAAGAGUUUCUUAUGAAUUGUGGGAAACUUAUUACCCCAUCUCACUAUAAGGAUGCUGUGGAUGAGCGGUCUAUCAUCAAACUGUGUGGCUAUCCCUUAUGUCAAAAUAAGCUAGAACAUGUGGCCAAACAGAAGUAUAGAAUUUCAACAAAAACAAACAAAGUUUAUGACAUCACUGAAAGGAAGUGUUUUUGCAGCAAUUUUUGUUACAGAGCAUCUAAAUAUUUUGAAGCUCAAAUUUCCAAAUGUCCAGUGUGGAUGCGAGAAGAAGAAAGACCACCAGACAUAGAGCUGCUAAAGAAAGGGCAAAGUGGCCAGUCUGGGGAAGAAGUAAAACUCCGUGAUGAAGUCAUUAAAGUCUCAGACAUUGAAAACCCUAUGCUAUCAAGCCAGUGUGAAUCUGGCUCCCCUAGCAUACACAGUGACAGCAGCAGUGAUACUGAACUUGAAUUUGUUUCCUCUAUUCUACCAAGAAAUCAAUCGGGCACACCCAGUGGGACACGGAUAUCUCAAAAAAGUAUACUCAGCAAGAAGCAUGAUCAGGAAGUAUAUUCCAAGCCUGGAGGUGAAGAUUCUGGAGUGAUAGAGGCCACAGAACAAUUGAGUACAUGUAAAUUAGAUUCCCUGGAAAAAAAGAGUACUUGUUCAGUUAGGUUUCAAAAUAAACUAACUGAUAUUUCUUCAAAGAAUGUUAUGCUUGAAAAUGGAAAUAUUUCAGAAAGCUGUGAAAACAGCUGUAAUAGUUCACAUGUAGUGUUUCUAGGUGUGAGCAAAAAGGGGGCAGAGCAACUUAAAAGAAUACUUACUAAAUCAAAGCAGCAUAUCAAACCUACAUUGAGACCAGUUAAUUCCCUUGCUGCUAAAGGCAAUUUAUUAGAAGUUCUUAAGCAAACUUUUAUUGAAUGGAGGACUGGCGAAACCUUAACAUUUCUCUAUGGUUCAAAAUAUGUUCCUGUAUGCUUACCAGAACACACGUUAGCUGUUGCCUGUGAGAGAGAAGAACUUGAUGAGGAUGACAUAGAGACAGCUGAUGACCUUAAUGAUACCACUAUGUGGAAAUCUAAAAACACACUGCCUUUUGCAAGCUCAGAUGGAGUUGUUAAACCUUUGCCUAGUUACAAAAAGUUAAAAGAAGAAACUCAGCUAUUAGAACUAAGAGUAAAAGAGUUCUAUAAAGGAAAGUACAUCUUGGCUGAAGAAACAGCAGCAGAAGUUCACGAGGAGGAAUAUUUUAGCAGCCAUAAAGAUAACCAGGAAGAUGAUCCCACCUUCCCACUAAUAGAUUCUAAUGCGCAAAUGCAGAUUCGAAAGCGGAUUGUACUUGAAAGGCUAAGAAAAGUAUUGCCUGCAGUGCUGGGCCCUCUUCAGAUUACAUUAGGUGAAGUUUACACGGAAUUGAAAAGUCUUGUCUCAACUUUUAGGUUAACAAACAUAAAUAUUAUUCACAAAAUGCCUGAAUGGACCCUGAUUGCCAUUGUAUUGUUAUCAACGUUGUCACAGAGCAUACCGGUCUUUGAGAAUUCUCAGCAGAGCCCAGUUUAUACCCAGUUUUUGUCUACGUUACUGGAAGAAUUGCAUUUUACAAAUGAAGACCUUGAAAGUUUAACAAGAAUAUUUAGAAAAGACUACUUUCCUGAAUGUAAAUGAUGAGCAACUUAAAUCUCUUCUACUGUAUUUGAACCAGUGCUGUGGUGAACAACAGAACAUUUCAGGGGGUGUUUUAUGUACAAAGCUGAAAUUCAGUUUGCCUUCUUGCUGUCAUUAUUACAUCUUUCACCUGAAGAACAGUUCUGAAAUGUUUUGGAAAAGCUGAAAGGUACAAGAUUUGUUCAAGUUAUGCAUGAAGCUAAAAUGAAUUUUGGAAGGUCUGAAAAUUGUCCAUUUAGAAACAGCAGUGAGAAUUUUGGAUAUUUUUCCUUUAUUGAUAAAUCUUUGGAGAAACACUGCUUACAGUAGUUGGGGAGAAAAAGAAAAGCGCACAUACUAGCAUCAAGGAAGGAAGAAUUCCAUUGUUAACAUCUUUUAUGUUGUUCCCUUGCAUGGAGCAGUGGUUUUUCAAGAAAAGGCUGAAAACAGCACAAGCAUUUCUAGCCUGUAGUCCAGGAAAUGACCUGUGUAUCUUGCUAUUUAUGAUAAAAUAAUGUAUUAAAACUUCUGUAAAAUUUGAGAAUUUAAAAUAUCCUGUACUACUAAUAUUCUUGCUUGUAUAAAAUUUACUACUAUGAGUUUAUUUUUUGAAUAAUUAAAAUACGUUUUUUUUCAGUAGUUGAAUGUUUUUAUAGUUGCUGCACUGUUUGUCUUGCUGGGCAAAGUGUGUCAUAUCACAGUUGUAAACGAAGUGCUUUAUAAAACCAUGUGAACUGUUGUAAUUCUUAGUAUUGUCAAAAGAUGGUGUAUUGUGCAGUUCUUUAGAUGAACAUUGCUGAAUUUAAAAUCACAGUUGCAUUUCAACAAACAACAAAAAUUGCAGUUGAUGACAAUUGCCAAUUAACUAGUGAUGGCAUUUAAAAUAGAUACUGCAGCUAUAUUUGUUAGCAUUGCUAUGCAGCAAUUCAGUUUGUAAAUGCGGAGUUUAUUCCUUUGUAAGAAUUGUAAUUGGAGUGCAUACUACACUUAGUUAUAUUACUGAGUAUUUCUUUCAUGAUUAUCAAGAGAUAGAUAUUCUUCUUACUGAUAAGUAUUAGCAGUAUUACUCAAGGAAGCUACAUAAUGCCUACUUAUUCAGCUGCCUAAUAGCAGUUCCUAACUUAGCACAAUAAAGCAACUAGUAUGUUUAGUUUACUGUAUUUACUCGAAUAUAAGACAAGGUUUUCCCCCCCCCCAAUCA